AUGCCCAUCCUCCCCGCUCGCAAAGCAGCCGCGGUUUCAAUCCGCAAUGGCCAAAGCAUCAGAAUCGUCAACACUCACGGGAAACAAGUAACUGAUUUUUGGGCCUUCAACCCGAAUGAUCCCCACGGCUACCUUCGGCGACCGGCUGGUCAGCACUCGCCACAAGCCCAUGCUGUCGCUCGUCGAAGACACGGCCCGUUCAAUAUCUUUAUGAAUGUCGCCAUUGACCAUUGUGGGCGACUGGAUAUUAAACUACCGGUUAGCGAGAAGGGCAAGUAUAUCAUUCUCGAGGCCCACGUGGACUUGAUCCUGGUCAUGAGUUCCUGUCCCCAGGACCUUGCCCCGGUCAAUUCGGGCAUGCCGACAGACUGCGAGUACGAGAUUCUCUCCGGCACCUGCCUCACACAUAUCAUGGGCAUGGCUGAGCGGGUUGUGACGUGGUUGAAGAGCUGGGGGGAUGAUGUCGAGUUUUGCAGACAUGAGGAUAUUGCUCGGUUGUGGUUUGCAGAACACUCAUAG